ACAUGAUUCUUCAUUCAACAUAAAGUACCAGGAAAAACCUGCACCGUUAAUAAAUGAUUGAAUUACCCGCUUUGACAACAUUUUCACUUCUAUGAAUACUAGACAAUAUCAUCAUACUUUAACGGUGCCAUUUUACAUUAUUUUUUUUGUUUAUUAAGUUCAUAUCCCGCUGCGAACUUGUCCUGGGUCUUUUAAUUUGAAAAACACGACUGGAAGCAGACGUACAUUAUUCCUAACGUUCCUGAAUUAGUUGUUCACUUUUCCAAAGUUUUGGAAAUGUUUUCCCGAAGUUGUGCAGCGACGAUAUUAUGGACGUUGAGAUGGUUAAAUCUUUAAAAACUGCGUGGAGAGUUCAACUUCUGAAAUAAAAGAAAACAAGUACGAUUAUCGUUCGUCAGAGACGCAGCUACAAUGGGUGGUUCUCAGGAAAUUACUUUUCUUAAGGCGUAUUUUAACAUUGACAAACAAUGCACCCCGUUAGCUAAAGGCUCUCCCUGGUGAGGGUGGCACACCGACCUACGAAUGCUUCAGGUACACUUUAACGGGAAGGGGGUCACGAUUUGGUUAUUUAUCUUGAAUAUCCAUGACUACAGUGCUGGACAUCAGGCAUAUUAUGACUGUGUAUCUCAGGAUACAUCAUGGUACACAACACGACCACCCCUUCCUCUGAUGGAGAAACAGGAGAGCUUCUCCAGGAUCCAUGUAAAACAAGAUGACUCUGCCAGGAAAUUAAAAGAAAUGGCAUUGCUUAGAAUAAAUGGUACGUUGGAAUUCAACUGGCCGCUGUCGUUUUCCUCAGAGGGUCCACUCUCCUCGUCAGCUCCUGCUGGCCCAUGGGGACACUCCUUUUACUCCUCAUUUACCUACUUGUCAAACAUGUUGCACUUCAGGAGCAAAAGAAGCACACUCACCAGAAUUAACCCAGGGCACACUCUGCCUCAGGUUCAGAGUGCAGCACCUCCAUCUACAUUUGGGGUCAAAUUCCACAAGUGUGCACAGGUGAAGCUCAACACUGAUCCACCUCAGCUGACAUUCUUCCUCCUAAUUCACAACCUGGGCCAAGCUGGGGGCACCAACUUGUCUCAGGUGGCUAUCAGGGACUCCAUCUCUGGAAUAGCAGCCCUAAAAACUGAAGGCAGAGUGGUGGAAAGAGGCUACCAGACAUUUGCCAUCGAUACUCUGUCUGCUGGAUCCAAAGUAAUAGUCAAUUAUACAGCUAACAUAAGGAGUCAUAAGAGUGAAGUCCUGGAUCUUCCAGCUUUUCUCACCUUCUCUAAUGCCUCACAGAAUGACGUCAGUAUGUUCGGUCCUUUAACAGCUAAUCUGACCUUGAGGGUGAAUUCCACCAACAGAAUUUUUCCAAACCAUGGGGUCCAUUUUGCUGGAUUCGUUGUGGGCUUAUUUGUAACGUUGAUGCUGCUGUCAGUGGGAUUACUGGCCAUCAACUUGAUAGGUCCAAGAACCAGACUGAACCUUCUUCAGCAAAGGAGAAACAGAGGUGAUUCAGACCCAGAGUAUGCAGACUGCAACAUGAGUGAGAGCGUAAAAGAUGAGGCAACAUUUGAAGACAAGGUGGUGGACAUCAUGGUUCUAGAGGAUCCCCAGAACAUGUACCAAGCUUUGGAGAACCUUGAAAUGUCUACGCUGCUGCAUGCCACCAAUAACCUGGAGAACACCCGGAUUCAGAUCUACAAGGAUGUGAUGUCCUCGCUGCUGAGCAGCUUACGGUGCAAAGGCCAGGCCAGCACCCAGGCCCAGCAGAGGCUGCUCAGUGUUCUUCACGGGCAGCUGCUAGGCAUGGAGGGUCGGCUGAAGGAGGAGCGAGGGGCCCGCAUGGCUGCUCUGGCUGGCCGGUGCAACCUGGAGACUCGGGAAGAAAUGGAGGCAGAGCACUGCAGAGAAGCUGCUGAGAAGACCCAGGCCAAGCUGCUGUGUCAUCAUGCAGACCAACAGGAACUCCUCCGCUGCAGCGUCCUCCUUGAGAAGCUGCACAAGCUGAGCCAGAAUCAGCUCCAGCGUAUCCUGUUGGUCCGACACGAGGAAGCUUCAGCCAAGGUCCAGAGGCAGAUCAUUGAGUGGCGUCGGGUCGAGCUGCACAAGAUUUUCUCCGAGGAGCUGGAGGAGGCCACCAGGAUGGGCGAACUGGAGAAGAGUACAACCAAGAGUCUUCAGCAUGAUUACUUCACCUGUCAAGAUCAGCUAGAGGAGGUGCUAGAUGUUGUCCUUGCUAACCAGCGCUAUGUGCUGUCUGAGCGUCAUGCACAGAGGAAGUUCUUAGUGCACAGCCUUCACAGCCUCAACAGCCUGAUUUCUGACGCCUUCUCCAGCACCUCCAGCAGUUUGGACAGCUGGUUCACUCACAUCAGGAGGGGGAGCAUUGUGCCUGCAGAGCAGAUAGAGCAGCUACAGGAGAAGUCCCAGAAGGAGCUGGUGAUGGUGAGGAAGAGAGUGGAUGAGGCACUGAGUCAGGAGAGGGGAGCCAUGCGCUGUGGACUGAUUAAGAAGAGACGGGAGCUCAUCUCUGACAUGCUGCGGGUUCACAAACAGAGACAGAAGGAUCUGUCAGGUCUUUCUAAAGGUCUGGAGGGAAUGAUAGAUGUAGCUCAGCACCUGCACUGUUGGCAGAACUUACUGACAGCUCAGGGUCUGGAGCUGGCAGAGCUCAUCAACAACCUGGAUGAGGAGGCCGCUGCUGACAUCCGCAAGGUGACCAUGCGUGUGAUCCAGGGCUCCAUAACAGAUCUCAAAGCUAUCCAGCCCUCUGCUAACCAGGCCGUGCUAACACUGUUGUCCACAGGAGCGCAGCGCUCCCUUCUGCAGAUAGAACCAGAGGCAGGACAAGGAACAAGUGGUCUCCUGCAGGGUCAAGAAAAGUUGCACCAGGAAGGAAAGGCAGCUUUACACACUCUAAGAAACACCAGGGAGGCUCUGAGGGAAGCCAUGGAGAGAGAGCUGCAGGAGCAGAAAGAGCUCAGGGAAAACUUCAGAGCUUUCUUUAGUUGUUUAUGUUCAUCCCAGUUGACACUUUCUGAAGAUGAACGUCUCAGGAUGAAACUGGAGUUUCAGAAGUGUCUGUCUGUGAUGGACCGCAGCCUGGUGCUGCCCCACGCCGUCUCCAGGACCAAACUGCACACCGCUCUGGCAGCUCAGAGAAUGGAAAGCGAGCAACAGAUGACGAGUAUGCAAUCCAGGGGGAAAACCAGCGAGGCCAGACAGAAAACAGACACAUCUGACCUACAGCUUUUCCAGAAAAGGCUCGAGGAGCGGAUCGAACUGUUCGAGAAGGAGAAGGAGAUGGAGGAUGGUGUCAUGAAAAAGGUGACAGAAGGGAUGCAGAGUGAGAGAGAGGAUGAGCUGCGCUCUCAGGCCGACAGUCUGGCAAUGCAGAUGGCAACAAUCCACUACCAGAAGGCUGAGAGGAGAACCAAAGUGUUGGAGACAUCCAGAGCAAUACUCACUCUGCACAGCCUGCUCAUCCAGCAGAUCAGAGAGAGAAAGAGCCCAGAAAGACAGGAGAUGGCCCAGAGUAUACAGAGCCACUGCUUGGGCCUAGAAGAGGCAGAACAGCAGCAUCAGAAGGAGAAAGCAGAGCUGGACAGCCGGAAAAUGUGCACGUCCAAAAUGGAGUCAAAUGCAACACAAAGUGAGAACUUUGGCGAGGGAGAGGAGGAGAGCGAGGAGGAGAGACUUUUCCAGCUGCAGCAGGACUGCAGGAUGUCGUCCAUUCUUGAGGGGGCGCUCUACAAGUGUGAAGAGGUCAACACAGUGUUGGCUGAGAGGUUGAAAGAAAUGACUGCCAACAAUCAAGCCGUAGAAUAUUUGAAAGAACAAAUGGAGCUCAGGAGACUUUAUGCAAACUGUGACCAGGAUCUGGAUUUUGCGUCUCAGCUGGUGAAGCAGAGUCAAGUUUCUCCUGAAGUUCUCCUGGAGGCCCUGCGACUCCUCCUCCCCACCCUGCCUGAAAGUGAACUCCUCUCCAUCACAGACGCCCUCUGCCCCAAACAGCACCCCGUCUCUGCAUCUGCACAGCUGGAACACACAGGGUGUGUCGGGGGGUCACACAGACUUCUUCCUGUCAAACUGAGAGAAGACGUGGUGCAUCAAAAUAUGCUAAAUAUGCCGACCUGCACUGCAGAAGAAGAGAGACUCCAGGAAAAGAGGCGAAAUCUGGUGGACAAACUGCUCCCCAGGUCCCUUCACUCUCCUCCAAGAGAUGUAGCACCUCUGCUGCUUAAAGAGAACGGAAAGGAGGACAGUCUUCAUGAAGCACAGCAGCCUGUUUAUAAACCCCCUAUGUCUGAAGAGGCGGUCAUACAUCAGCAUGGUGACACUGCAGCACGGAGGGUUUUGGACAGUGAGAGCGAAACAACACACCACGCAGCAGAGGGAGACAUGAUGCCACUGAACCUCCCCGCUGCAGGAGAAAGAUUGUUUGUGUUUCGAGACCCACCGGAGUCAAGUGACCACGCGGGUGCACCUUCAAGAAAACGGAAAAGAAAUUUCCUCAACUUUAAGAGAGGCUCUGUGGCUCCAUCAAGCCUACCUUAAGUCUUAAAAACAUUGUCCUUUCCCAGCAUUUUUUUAAGGAUGGUAUGACAUUGAUAUAUGAUAAUAAAUUAACCAAUAGCUUUGCUGUUUAGAAAAAGAAAAUUCUGGAUGUGUGUGGAAUCUGGUUCUGUUUUUUUUAUGUAAAGGCAGCUGACUUCAACUCUUAAGAUUGGUUUAUCUGUUUAUUCCUAAACACUAUAAACACAGAGUAUAUUUCUAAGGACAUGAACUCUGAUUUAUGGAGGAGGUAGACUUUACAGAAACACCAACUAAUAUGUUAUUAUUAGUCAUGUUCACAACCACCAAAUGUGAGGAAGUUACUGAUAGUUGUGGUUUGAGUUGAGAAUUAAACACGGUACAGCACUCAGGAUACACAGGUACUAAAAAUAGGAUUCCUUUCUGUGACGCAGUUUGAACACAUUUUAAUAAACAUUUGUUACGCUCCUGGAAA